ACGAAGAUGGGUGAUAAAGGAAGAGGGAUUCCAAGUCGAUGUAGAUGUGGAGAGGAUGUAGUUUUGAGGACAUCAAAGACUAUUAAAAAUCCAGGGAGGCUCUUUUAUGCUUGUCGAUAUGGAGAGGAGAAUGGUCGUGGUCACUUGUUUAAGUGGACAGAUGAAACAAUGGUUGAAGAGAUGGAAGACAUAAUUCCAAAGAUUGAUGAACUUGAAAGAGCUUCCUUGACAUUACAAAAAGGUUUACAAGCUUUAGAAUCUGAGAUGGAAACUCUUGCAAUGGAGACUCGUUCAUGUGAAGCUGUUGUAUGCGGUUUUGAGAAGGAGCUGCGGGGUUUAGAGAAGGAGAUUCAAGGCUGCAAGAUGGAAUUGCGUGGUUUGAAGAACAUUCUUGUGUGUGUAGUGUUGAUGGUUCUUGUUUAUGUGUUUGUGUGUUAGUGAUUAUGAUUCUG